UUCCUCGCGAAAAAAAAAAAGAAAAAAGAGUUUUCUCUCUCCUCUAGCCUUGGUUCUUUCUUUAUGUCGUCGCAUGCACUUUCAAAACGACGACACCACCACCAACGUAACCUCCGACACGUUCUCCUCCAACCGAAGCCUCGGAGCCGCGACCUUGGACUCUCCAUCCGCCGAAACCAUGGGAAACUCCCUCGCGUGCUUCUCUCCCAAGAUCGCCGCGAAGUCCUCCGGCACCGCGAGCCCGCCCCGCUCGCCUCCGCCGGCCCCGUCGUCGUCGUCGUCAACCGCCGGGAGAGCCGCCUCGUCGCUGCCCGGCUCGGCCUCGAGCAGGAAGAAUAAGAAGAAGAUGGAGGCGGCGGCGGCGGCGGCAGCAGCGGAGACCUACAGCGACGCCCUGAUCCGCGAGCAGGCGAUCGCGGCGGUCAUGCUCCUGAAGCAGUACCGGAGCGGCAGCGGCGGCGGCGGGAACGACGACGGCGAUUCUCUUCGCUUGUUCAAUCGGUCCACGAGCACUUCGGCUCUGUUUCCCUCUGUUCCGGGGAAGGGUGGUGUCAAGCAGAGUGUCGCCAGGAGCUCCACCUCACGGAGGCGGUCGUGCAGCGACUUCCCUCUCCCGGCGCUGCCGCAAAUUCUGGCUGAUGAGGCUUUGGAGGCUGUUGGUGUGGAAACCAGCCAUUUUGUUCUUGUUCACGGGGGAGGGUAUGGCGCAUGGUGCUGGUAUAAAACGAUUACACUCCUACGCCGAGGAGGAUUUAAGGUGGAUGCAGUCGACUUAAUGGGUUCAGGAAUUCAAUCAACUGAUACAAACAACAUUAACAGUAUGGCAGAAUACGUGAAACCAUUGAUCGACAUAAUUGACAAGUUAGGAGAUGAAGAGAAGGUGAUCUUGGUGGGACAUGAUUUUGGUGGUGCUUGUGUCUCAUAUCUGAUGGAGUUGUAUCCUCAUAAGAUAGCAAAAGCUGUUUUUCUUGCAGCAGCAAUGUUGAAGAAUGGCCAAAGCGUCCUUGAUAUGUUCUCUUUACAGGAAGGUCCAAGUGAUCUGAUGCGACAAGCCCAGAUAUUCUUAUAUGGAAAUGGAAAGGAUCAACCUCCGACUGCUAUCGAUCUGGACAAAGCAUUGUUGGAAGACUUGUUAUUCAAUCAAAGUCCUGCAAAGGAUGUUGCAUUAGCCUCAGUGUCGAUGAGGGCAAUACCUUUUGCACCAAUCCUGGAAAAACUCACUUUGUCAGAUGCAAACUACGGAUCUGUUCGUCGAUUUUACAUAGAAACCCAGGAAGAUUAUGCUAUACCUGCUUCCUUGCAGGAGACCAUGAUAAAGUCUAAUCCUCCUGAAAAGGUUUUCCAUCUCAAAGGCUCUGAUCAUUCUCCAUUUUUCUCAAAGCCCCAAGCCCUGCACAGGUUUCUGACAGAGAUCUCAAAAAAUUCCUGAAAGCAAAUCCCAAAUUUUCUGGUUACACAAGAAGUCUUCAUCUGCGGAUGACUAAAACAUUUCGAUGGAGGAAGGAGCUCCUUAUUAGCCAAGGAAGAGGUCCCACUAGCUUCCACGCAUCGCAUUUGCGUCACAUCACAUCCUGCUGUUCCAUGGUCUUAGGUGUAAUGUGGUGAAAUGUGGCGUCUUCAGGUCUCCCUGAAUGCUUUGAUUGUACAUUGCAUUUGUAAAAACUGAAAAUGGUCAAAGCUCCAAGACUUGAUCAGUUUCUCCUGAAUCAGAUCCUCGGCAUGUCUGCAA